UGGACGAGAAUGUAAGCGACGUUUUUAUAGGCGGACUAUUCUCGGCACUUCGGUUCGUGUUCUCUUGAGGAUUACUAGAAAUUUGCCACAAUGUACUCUGUCUCCUCCACGGGGGAAUCUUCAGGUGUUGGCAGUGAUCACGUACAUCGGCAUGAAGGUUCUUCCUCCUUACAACUUGGCCGUCGGCUAGCACUUGUCACCGGUGGAGCGAGCGGCAUUGGCCAGAGUGUCGCCAAAGUGCUGGCUCGUGAAGGAGCGACAGUCAUCGUCGCCGACAUUAAUAUGACAGGCACUAAAGAAACCAUCAAAAUGCUGCAAGAUAUCAUGGACUCUGGUCACAAGGGAAUGUAUGCCGAUGUUCGGCGAUCGGCCGAUGUAGAGACCCUCUUCAAAGAUAUCAGAUCUGCGUUCCCGGAAACGAAUCUCAGUCUCGUGGUCAACAGCGCCGGUAUUCUGCAGACGCCGACGCCAGUGGACAGGACUAGCGACGACGUAUUUGACAAUAUAGUCGCUACCAACCUAAGAGGAACGUUCCUCGUAACACGGGAAUCGGUCAAGUUCAUGCUGGCUAACAACGUGACAGAUGGCGCCAUCGUGAAUAUUGCGAGCAUUGGCGGCAAAGGCGGACUACCGGGAGUUGCCGCGUACGCGGCAUCCAAAGGCGCCGUUCUUGCCUUCACCAAGUCUGUGGCUCGGGAGCUCGGGACCAAGGGAAUACGGUUGAAUGCGAUCCUGCCCGCUCUCACCGAUACACCAAUGAUUUCACAAUAUCCACCUGAACUUAUCCGAAAUCGAAUAAUGAUCGACAUACCCAUGCAGCGCAAGGCGGAGCCGAUAGAAAUAUCUGAAACGAGUUUGUUCAUGCUGAGCCCAAAGAGCAGUUUCAUGACUGGAGCAUCGAUUGAUGUUGCGGGUGGAAUGUAUUCCUAAUUCUGCAUUAAAAUUUUGCAUUCCCUUAACGUGUAGGGGAGGUGCAUGUGGGAAUCAGAAGAUGCUUGGCAUGUAUGGGAAUCGAUUUUCGGUGGUAAAAAAAUAUAGUAUUUUGUGUAUUUUAUGACUGCGUCUUAAUCGUCGUCGUCGCGCGUCACCAUCAUCAUCUCAAAUGAGUCGCGUGGCUCGACCGGGCACUGUAGACAAGUUCGAAUAUAAAUAUUCUUAAUAUUGGUCA